AUGGAAACUGGAUGUAACGACUCGAUAAUGGACGGCAAAAUUAUACCGGCAGGGUACCAAAUAAUUUGGUGCGACCGUACUGACGGACGCGGUGCAUUUUUAGUGGCCGCGCGCGAUUCACGAAUACAAAGAGUGAGCCGAUGCGAACUAGAUGACGUCACGGUAGAUCGCCACUCGUUCGAACUACUCUGCGAUUUUAAUUUGUAUUCUACUAGUGAAGUUGUUAGAAAUUAUAAGCUAGUGUUGUGCUCGUCAUACUGGUGGGAUAAAGUGUUCAUGAAGGAGGCGGACGAGCCCUUGGUGCUGCUGGACCUGUACCACCCGCCAUUCGUGAUUGAGCUGCACUACCCCCGCUGUACCAGGAUACGACGGGCUGCAGGCAUGGUUUUGGAUACGCAAGCUCGAAGCACGCACCACGAUGGCCACGUAUUGUUCAAGGUGCUCAGAGGCAUCACAUGUGACCCCAUGGUGCUUCAAGCCAACAGCUUUUCUAGUACGCCAUCAGUCCCGCGAGAACAAAAUUUAUGUAUUAUUCCCCAAUUAUGCGACACUUCACAUUCUUAA